AUGGCCAUAUUCGAAAAAAUAUCACAAACUAAAGCACUCAUAGACGAUACUGAAAAACUUACUUGCAUAGUCGAAAAUGCACAAAAUAUUAAUAAACAUACAGAAUAUACUCUACAAGUGCAGCGAGGGCACUCUAAAGAGACCACAUGGAAUGUCUCCCGCCGUUACAGAGACUUUGCUGCCUUACACGCAAGUCUGCAGCAAGCCAAUGUUGACUUGCCACUGCCUCCAAAGAAACUUAUUGGGAAUAUGCAACCAUCUUUUAUUGCUGAGAGACAAAUUGCAUUACAGAACUACAUAAAUGAGGUUUUGAAUCAUGAAAUGUUGGCACUAUCAUUGCAAGUGAGAAGUUUCUUGGAUCCCACUAGUUAUUCACUGGAUAUUGCUGAACAUGCCCUUCAGACAGUGUCAAUAGCGCUGCGAGGUGACGGCAGGUACGAACUCAAAGGACCGCUGCCUGACAUCGGAUGGAGAAUACGGAAACAUUAUUUUUUAGUAACAGAUACAGAAAAUCGAACGAACUGUUUGCUCUCGUGGCAGAGUUACGGCCCUGAGAAGUACCUCAGCGAUAAGGAUUUACAUACAGCUUUUAAGAGCUUAUUAAAUCUUUCUCAUCCUUACAUAGACCAAGUAUUAGCAAUUAAUAAUUUAGAGACGAGCGCGUUUGUAGUUAGAAAAAUACACGAAAAUGGCAGUUUGCGAGAUAUCCUGUAUGGAACGGAGUACAACAAGAACCAUCUUGCGAAGUAUGCGAACCCCAGGAUAAGGAAACCAUUCACCAUCGGGCAGAUAGCUCACUAUGGCUACCAGAUAUUGCAAGCGUUGAAGUUUUUACAUGAAAAGGGCAUACCUCAUGGUCAUAUACAUCCGGGCAACAUCACAAUAGAUAAUCAACGAGUACUUCUAAUGGACAUUGAGAAUGUAUUAAUAGGAGUGCCUUGCCUCUACCGGCCGCAUCUCUUACACCUGAGACGCACCACUACAGCCGAAGGAAUCGACGUAUACUGCUUUGGACGAACGUUAUACGAAAUGGCGUUUGGAACUACGCUGCAGGAUUAUUAUUGUGAUUUUUAUCCGGAUGGUAUUAAUGAGGAUUUAGAAUCUGUACUCCGCCUCUGUUUAUCGAGCACCUCAUGUAAGCAUGGCGGUCCAUCUUUGGACCAUUUGCUGCAACACCCACUAUUCGUCCGCGCGCCUCUCAAUGGCCUAUCUAUGGGCAAUAACGAUGUCAGGAUGCAUCUUAAGUUCCCAAUAGCGUUGAAGGAUGAAUUAAAAGCUGCGGUAGCUACUAGCGAGGCUAGGUUGAAGAGUGAACAGAAAUUGGUGCGAAGUGCUAAAAGAGAGGUUCGAAUCCAAGAAAUUCUUAGUUCAGAAGAAGAAAUGAAGAAACAGAAACGAAGAGCGAAAAAGCGUGACAGUGUAUGGAAGUCGACGUCAUCCCUGGCAGAAACGGUGCGGUCACAGAGUGCGAGUACGGCGUCCUCGCCAACUCCGCCCGUCUUGUCGGGCGAAACAAGCGUGACGAGUACGUACACAGCGGGCGCGGCUAGUCCUUGCGACGCACGCUCGUCGCUCCUCGCGUCCAUCUGCGCCUUCGACAAGUCUCGCCUGGCGCGGGUCGUCGACUCGCGGUGA